ACCAAACAAAUAUGGCGGAAAGCAGCGGCAGUCCAAAAUUUCGGAAAUAUUAUAAGCCGUCUGAUGAUAAAGACAGUAUGGACAGGAAUGUUGACUCCAUCUCAGACAAUGAACAGUACACAAGUGUUAAAUCUAGCAAGGGCAAGAUGUCAGAUGAUUGGUCAGCAGUGAAUAAAAAGCUUAGAGAGCAUGGACUGACACCUGUAAAGUUGCAGCAUCCAGCCGAUAUACAUCAUACCUCAGGGUCUAUGGUUUGUCUAGACAGUAACAAUAACAAGAUGGUGAGGGAGAACUUUUUGUCACUGAUGGCAGACUGUGAUCACAGACAGACCCUUGUGCAGGACCUUAUCACUAAGAAUAACCAACUCAAGGAAGAAUUGGACAGGCAAAUAGAGCUUACAGAAAAAUACUUCAGCAAAAUGAAGGACCUGAAAAUCAUGUUAGAAAGUUCAAGAGCAAGGGUGAAGGAACUCGAGUCUGACAGCCCUGCCAGAUCUCAGACAGAUGAUGUUUGGGACAUUAAUGAGCGCGUCAACAACACAAGAACGGCAGUAGUAGCCAAAAAUAAAGAUCUUGAAUAUAAAUGUAAACAACAAGAAAAAGAACUAGACAGAUUAAAAGAUAAACUACGUAAUAUGUCUCUUCAGGAGGAAAGACGGAAUAAGAGAGUAGCAGAAGUGUUUCAAGAGUUCCGACGGAGAACUGCAAGGGCUCACCAUACCAUGGAUGAUAAACUGUUAGAUGUAAUUGACACAUAUGAACGACAGUUACAGAAUUUGCAGAAAGAUUUGGAAAUGUAUAGAUCUGGUGGGGAUGUAGAUAGAUCGGAAGGUUCAGGAGAGGAUGAGAAUUCCUCUUUCUAUUCAAUACCUAAAGAACAGGAGACUUCUGGCAACUUCAAAACAUUAAUCAGGGCCUAUGAGAAGCAAAUUAAAGAAUUGAACAAACAAGUCAAGAAACUGGAGGAGGAAAAAGAACUCAUCAAGCUUGAUGUUGGUGCUAGACCUGAGGUGAAGGAUUACAGGGUAGCUCAAAUCAGAAUGAAGAAAUUGGAAAAAUUACUUGCAUUGCACAAUAUCAGCAUACCUGGAGAAAAGUUAAAGACAGAUCCUUACAGACUGAAGAGAAAGUUCAGUACAAGGCUAGAAGACCUGGAUUACCUCCCUUUAGACCUUUGUCAUCAAUAUCUCAAGGACAUCAGUGCGGAGCUAAAGGUGAAAGAUUUGGAGACAGUUAUACCAAGAAUACAGAGGAUGGCAAAAGAACUAGAGGAAGUGCAUAAAUACGAACAGUUCUGUAGAACAGUUCAAGAAGUUGUGAACAGUCUAGCAGAUAACAAACGUAAAGAAAAACUUGGUAGUGCUAAGCGAGGUCAUCUGUCUUCAGACACACUGAAUCACCUUGUCACAGUCAUAGAAAACUGGAAGGAAGAUGAGGAAGGUCUACAGGAGUUGCAGAUGUCAAUUAAUAGAUUGGGUGAGAGAUGUGCACCAUGGUUGAAGAUUCACCUGGUAGGAGAACCAACCAUGUCACAGAUCACCUCGGCAGUCGAUAAAAUUGUGUAUGAUGAUGGAGUAGAGGAACAGGUUGGACAGGAGCAUCCUAACAGAUCGGUGCUAGAGAAUAUAGUCUCCCAUUUCCAGACAUUAUUUGAUGUACCUAAUAUCUCAGGGGUGUUCCCCAGGAUGAAUCAAAUCUUUACCAAGCUUGGAGAGGUUCAUAAUGUACUCAACACUCUCAAGAACCUACUUGGGUUAGGUAAAGAUUCCAAGUCUUCAGCUAUUGUAGACAGUGUAGGGAGACUGGUACAGCAACAUAACACAACUACAGUACAACAACUGAAAAAUCUCCUCCAAACUGAAGAUCUUGAUGGAGUUAUUAGAAGGUUGCAGGAGCAUCAGGAAUUCUUCCCAGCAUUUUAUGAAAUAAUGAAUAAAUUGAUAGAAAUAUUAGAUUUGAGAAGAAUGGAUCAAGUCAUUCCAGCAGUUAGAGCCCUCAAACUUCUUGCCAAUUAAAAAUAUAGUUACUCAUGAUGCGGACAAAUUAUCUCCCUUCAGCUGCAAAAGAAUCUCCAGUAACACAACAAACCAGUGGCAUUUAUGUCAGUUGAUAAAACUGAUUUUUGUAUGCAUGUAUAGAUACGUAUUUUUUGAGAUAUCUGUUCUUUGUGUAGUUUGCUACAUGAUCCAGUGCUGUAAGCAUUGAACAUCCCAAUGUAUUAUUAACUGCAUUUUACCUUCGAGGGCUGAAUUGAAUUCAUUUUUCCGAAAGAAUGAGGAUACAAAUUCUGUAAAAUCAUUAAAUUUUGUGGGCAUGAAUUUCUUUUAAAAAAAAAUUUGCCUAAACAGUUCUGUUAUCAAGACAUGAAUUUUUAAAGAUUAAAUUACAUGUAUUGUUUGUUUAGAGGGAUUUGAUUUUGUGAAUUAACACAGCUUCCAAAUUGUUGAAGGUACAUGUAGUUCCCCCCAUAAUGUUUAAUGGUUGGAUAGCUACUUAUAUAUUUAUAUAAUUGCUGUCCCAGUGCCAGUAUAUUCUGUAUAUAUUCCAAGCAUAUAUGAGUAUUGUCAGUACAUGUGACAUAAAAAUCUGUGAUAUUCUUUAUGGCAGCAAUGCAGCAGUUUAUGUAUAUUCUGUGUAAAAUAUGAAUGAUUUUAUUUAAUUGUUUUAUGUUGUUUCUAGUGGUAUUAACGGGAUUUUUUUUUUCAUUUUUUUUUUUGUAAUAACAUUUUAUGAACAAUCUGAAAUCUUUCUGACAUGUUUCUGCUGUGAAUUUCAUAAUACUUUCUUAAUUAUAAAAAAGUUUAUAUAUAGUAAAACAUAUUUUUUGGCACAUAAAGAUACCUUGCAGAUUGACAUUCUUUCUGUAUUUUGUAAUCAUAAAAUUAAUGAAAUUGUGUAUUGAAAAAAAAAUAGUUGUCAGAUGCAUUUGAAAAUGACUGCAAUUUUUUAUUUAGGUUUAGAAUGCUAAUUACUUUCAGUGUUUAAAAAAAACCACACUUUUUUAUGUGUUUCUUUUUUUUUAAUUUUCUGUUAAAUAUAUUAUGCAAUUGAGCCUUGUUUAGUUUAAAUUCUAAGUUGUUUUUAAAGAGUAGUGUGUUUAUAGCAAUAGUGCUAUUUCUGUUUGUAUUUUUCUUACCAGAAAAUUUUGUUCAACUUUUGAUAUUAGUCUAAACUAGACUGCUUUUACAAUUUACUCAAAGAGAUUUCUUUAGUUAAGGCUUAAAAGAGUUUGCAAUUCUUGUUUUAUUUCUUACUUUCAGUAAUUUGUUGUAUUUUCACAUUGCAUAUACUCAUUCCAGAGAGUAAUGAACACAUUUUAGAUAGUAGUGGACAUAUUUAAAAUCAAACAGUCAAACCAGUAUAUAUAUAUAUAUAGAACAUGCUUUUGACAGGGAAAAAAUUGUGAUAAAUUUCAGAGCCAGAUGAUCUCUUUUCACUAGAGAUCUCUGUUUACAUGUGUUCUCUGUUUACAUGUGGCAUAUGUUCACAGAUGGCCCCUGUUCACACGUGUCUGCUGCUCACAGGUGGCAUCUAUUAAUAUUUUGCCUGUGUUCACAGAUGUUCUCUGUUCACAGGUGUCCUCUUUUGACAGGUAGCAUCUAUCAUAGAUGUGGCCUUUCUUCACAGGACUUUUUUCACAGAUGGUCUGUGUUUAUAGGUGAACUCUGACGUAAUAGGUUUGAUUGUAUUGAAUAGAAAGCAAACUAUUUUUCUUAAUGCAAAUUAUUUUCAUUUUUACACUUGUGGCAAAUCUUUAUUGAAGCUUGCAAUACUUAUUUAUAACCAGAUAUUACAUUUUGUUUUAUUUGUUAUGUGUAUUUAACAACAAACUUUACUAUUCAAGGCUAGCUGCAUUUCUGUGGAGUGAAUAAUGUCCUUCCAUUUGAUAAUUACUAUAUCUGUAUUUAUAGGUAGCAUGUUGUACUGUCAAAGAAUCUUCUCCAUCAUUUCUAAAGUAGUUUCAGAAAUAUUUGUAGUUGAAAUGGAAUAUAUAAGUCUUUAGCGAAGUCAUGACAAUGAAACUUUUCUCAUAUACAUGAUUAUUUUGUACUAUUUAAAAAAAAAGUUAAUCUGUAUUAUAUUUGAAAUGUCAGUUAGAGUAGUACAUACUUCUUACAACAGUUACUCUAGGAAAAAAGUGUCUUGUUCAGUGUUGCCUCUGUGGCCGAGUCAUAAGUGUCGCUGACACACAUUGCUGUGGUCUUAAAGUUUCACUUAGAAUAUAGAAUUGUUUGAUAUAAGGAAGCUACCUGGUUAACAGAAAGGUGGGUGGUUCUACCCAGGUGCCUGCCUGUGCCAUAAAUAAUGCUCGGAGUGGCAGCUGGGGCCUUUCCCCCGCCAUGGAAAGUCACCAUGGGACCUAUAAUUUUGUUGGUGUGACAUUAAACCUAACGAAAUCAGACUUUCUUUUUAAGGUUACUAAAAGAUCAGGUCACGGUUGUAUUAUCACCAUAUUUCUUACAUUACUAAAUGACCAGGAUUAUAUUAUUAAGAUUGCAGUAAUUUAUUUUGAUCUGUACUAUAAAUUUUACAUUUUGAAAUUAGCAGCAUUUUUGUACAUGUUUAUUGAUAAUGAUAAUAAAGAUAUAAAAGAGUAAA